UUUGUUUCUUCUCUUCCGACACUGAUAUUUUAGGUUAUAAUUGUUGAACUUAUAAAUAAAAAAUGAAUUCUAAAAAGAAGCAUAACAUAAAUUAUAUAAAACCAGCAGAACCAGCGUUCAUUACGCGUAUGAAAAUAGCGGCUGGUUACGUGGAAGGACCAAACGUCGAUACCAAGAAAGCUGAGUUGCCUAAAUUUACAGAUGAAGAUGGUGAAGACAAAGAAGAUGAAAAACCCACUGUAGUUGUUAUGAAUGAUGGUGACCUGACUCAGGAAGAAGCAGAUUUAUUAACAACAGUCAAAAAACAAGCUGAAAAAGUCGAAAAAGCAGAUUUAACCCUAAAAGUAACAUUCAAAAGAAAAAAUACUGAAAAGACAGAUUCAGCAAAAUCGUCAAAUCCAAAAGAAGUAAAAAGAAGAAAUAAAGACAAGCCUAAAAAGUCUCUGCUAUCUUUUGAUGACGAGGAAGAAGAAUGAUUUUGUACAUUAAUUUAUGUAAUUUUAAUAUACUUAAUUAAAAUAUUGAUUUAUAUAAAACUUAAUUUUAUGUUAUUAAACUAUAUAUCUAGACAAAAUAAAAGAAUAACAGACUUUUAUGUAUUGUAUGUAAUAAAACCGUUUAGAAAAAAGUAAUAGA